AUGAAAGAAGGAAAAGAAUCAAGUAAUGUAAAGAAGAAACGAAACAUGUUCAUUGGAACAACGAAGAUAGUUGUUCCUCGGCCGAGGACUACCAUUCAGAGCUUCAUGAAGGAUGGGAUGAUUGACGACUGGGAAAUGUUCGAAAAUCUUUUGGAUUACUCAUACAGUGAAGUUCUCCAUAGUGAAACUCAGUAUCAUCCUGCUUUAUUCACUGAGAGUGCGUGGAAUGAUAAAACGAAACGAGAGCGUUUGACGGAGCUGAUGUUCGAGAAAUACAAUAUUCCAGCUUUCUUUUUGUGCAAAAAUGCUGUUCUAACAGCGUUUGCAAAUGGCCGUACCAGCGGUCUCGUGGUUGACAGCGGUGCGACACAAACUUCCGCAGUUCCUGUCUACGAUGGCUAUGCUGUAACCCAUGCCGUCGUGCGAUCUCCAAUCGGUGGUGAUGUGAUAUGCGAGCAGCUGCAGCACAUGUUGGAUGAACAGAAUAUAGAAGUAGUGCCUAUUUAUAAAAUUGGUGGAAAGGAAGAAGUUAAUGAGAACGAGCCACCUCGUUGGACUAAAAGAAAAAACCUACCCGAGGUUACAGAGAGCUAUGAUAAGUUCAUGAAGAAACAGCUCCUCGAGGAUAUGGCAGUUUCCGUUUUGCAAUUGUGUGAUACACCCCUUGAUGCAGAAUACGCUGAGAAGUUACCGUCUGCACCGUAUCUUUCCGAGGAUGGUUUCACUAAGGAGUUUCUUGCUGAGCGCAUAAAAGUGCCGGAAAGCCUUUUUGAUCUCAAGUAUCUUCGUAAUAUGCCGGCAACUCAGUCAACUUUACUCAAUGUGACGCAGAUAGCUACUACUGCAGCAGGAAUGUGCGAUAUCGACAUACGACCGGUAUCACCUUUGUAUUGCGGACACAUUAUACAGUGGCUCAUGGUUACUGGUGGAAAUUCACUCAUUCUUGGCUUCACCGAACGGCUCAAUCAUGAUCUGGCACACAAGUGCCCUCCAACCAUUAAACUUCGUGUGUCUGCCGCGCCCACACCUAUGGAGAGGCGGUUUGGUGCUUGGAUUGGCGGGUCAAUCUUGGGAUCACUGGUUUGUUUCUUAGACAAU